UGUGUCGAACUUUUACUACAUAUGCAGGCAAACAAAGAAGAGGAUGACAAAAUGCGGGCAACAGCUGCAAAUGUUGCUGCGCGAGCUGCUGUUGGAGGAGAUGAUAUGCUGUCAAAAUGGCAACUAAUGGCUGAGCAAGCUCGGCAAAAACGUGAAGGAGGAAUUGAUGCUGCUUCUGGUUCUCAGUUGGGUGAUAUGAGCCACAAGCAUUUAUCAUCCUCUGGAAAAAAUGCAAGGGAAAAUCAAGAAGCAGAGAAAAUGGGCCAGCCAAGUGCUGCUGUGUCAUCUGGGUUAAGUAGACAAUUCGUAAGGAAUCAAGUUGUGGUUCCUCAAACUGAAGUUGCUCGCUCCAUCUCUGUUAAGGAUGUGAUUGCUGUCCUUGAAAGGGAGCCCCAGAUGUCAAAAACUACACUAAUAUAUCGCUUGUACCAAAAAACACAUGCUCAUGCUGUAGCUUAAGAAUCUUUGGGUUCAUCAUGUUGCCAGUGAGAUCUUCAGCUCAAGUACAUUGCAAGGUUUGCAAAAAUGUAACACCGAGCAGGUUUUACCAAGGGCGCACUUAAUUUUGAUGGUUCUUCUUGUUAUUCUGGUCCUCUUAAGUCAUGUGCAGUUCGGAGUGCUAGUAAGGAAGGUUGCUGUUUUUAGCUUGUAACGCUAAUGCAACUGGCUUCUCUGUUAUAAUUGCAACAUUGUCUUUUGUUUA